AUCCAAAUGAUCUCCUAGCCCUCACUCCCGGACAUUUCCUCAUUGGCGAUUCAUUAAUGUGCUUACGUGAUCGAGAUUUCAGGGACAUUCCAUCGAACCGACUCUCCAAAUGGCAGCAUAUCCAACAGCUUAAACAACAUUUUUGGAACCGCUGGCAUAAGGAGUAUUUGAACGAGCUAACCAACCGCAAUAAAUGGAGCAAGGGUGGACACAGCAUCCAAAAGGGCACAAUCGUCAUCCUCAGAGAGGACAACGUUCCCUCCAUGCAUUGGCCUCUGGGCCGAGUUAUCAAGAUUCAUCCAGGCGCCGAUGGUGUCAUCCGGACAGCUACAGUUCAGACGGCAAAGAGCAUUUUGGAUCGGGGCGUCAAAAGGCUUGUCCCACUGCCAAUUCAACCCGAUCUCGAGAAACCCGAACAACUAGCCACCGAGACGAAAUAAGAUGGGAACUUCAACCACACCUCCCUAGUUUGAUCGGUACCCUCUCAACGGGGGGAGAAUGUUACGCCAUGCGGCUUACCAUAGGUCAUAUUCUUAACUAUCGAUCGCGGCACUAUAAUGUCGCAGACGGAUCGUCGUGUCUGCCCGGCAAACAAACAUUGUAGUGGCAAGCGCAUGGUUCAUUAAGCAGGGCGACUUCCAGAAACGUCGACUCGUGGUCGUUAUUUUACCUCGCGUAAAAGAAUGUGGCGUGAUCCGAACGUAGUGGGGGUCGCCUUCCAGAAAAAACGAAAAAAAUCGAAAGGCGUUCAGAACUUUUCGAGAAGUCGAACCGUCAACACAUGUGGCGAUUGGCCAUGGAUCGCUGCAUUAGGUUUUCGUAAUCCCCGAAACCCAGACAAACCACUAUGGAAGUGCGGAGGUUCCCUGAUAUCGGCUAGGCAUGUUUUGACCGCAGCACAUUGUGCACAUAUGGAUGGAAUAGAAAACAUACACAAUCAUAAUAUUGCCAUUCUUAGAUUGGUGGAGGAGGUGCCAUUUUCGAGGUACGUAUAUCCCAUUUGUACGAAAGAGCCCCUACGAAAGAGCAACUUCGUCGGCUAUAACCCCCUUGUUGCUGGAUGGGGAGCAUUAAGAUAUAGACGACCACGACGUAAUGCAUUAAUGGAAGUACAAAUGCCAGUGAUUAAGAACGCCGAAUGCAAAAUAGCUUAUUCCAAAUUUCCUAAUGCACCUGAUAUCACUGAUGGUAUAAUAUGCGCCGAACAUGCUCAGGGUGGAGAGGAUUCUUGUACGGCUGUUAAUCUAGAGGCUGGAGUACAAAGAAGUGGCACAAUGAUGUGGGCUGAUGACAUUUAUAAUUAUCAAGGAAUCACCCCUACAUUCGCUCAGAAUUUUAAUGAAACUGUCCCUUGGGAAGGAAGAACUGAUACCUUGAUAUCACGGUUUGUACAUCCUAUAUAUACGACAAAUUUUAGAACAUUAUAUAACGAAGAACCAGAUCGUCGUGGCCAUGUGAUGUGAAUAAAAGGACUUGAAUUUGAUGAUAUUUUUAUAAUGUUAGAUAACAUAACUAAGUAUCUUCACAGUAAGAUAGGAUGACAUGGUUUACAUGAUCUUAAUGUUGUUCACUCGAGUGAUGAUAUUAUAAGGAAAAGCGUAAUAUCACAGGAUAUUUAUGUUUAGUAACCAGUAAUUCAGAGAUUGGUAUUCAUGGUUACUAUAACGAGGCUGUAGAAACGCACCCUUUCUUCUUUGCAAAUGGUCCUGUAUUUAUGUCUAAGCCGAAACUGGAACCUCUGAAUAAUUUAGAUUUAUUCUUGUUAUUUUCUAAAAUACUUAUCUACAGUAUACCAUAAGGAAUGAUACCGUAUCGCACCUAAUCAAGUGCCUUAAGAAACAUCAACAGGAUAUCACAGUAAGUAAUCC